AUGCCCAGCGGCUCUAGCGAUCAUGACGUGAAAAAAACACGAAUGCCUGCUUGUGGCAAUGAUAACACUGUCCUUUAUGCAUAUAAGCCAAACAAUACAUGUGUCAGAAAUCAGGAAAGUGUUCCAUCUGACACAUCCCACAAUAAAGAGCAGCAAAAAACAGUGCUGAACGUCCUUACUCAUUGCCGGGCCAUAUAUGAUGGUAUUCAAAACCUGGAGAAGAAGUUUGAUGUGAUUCAUGAAAAGGUUCCCAAAAUUUACCGUUUCCGUAUGAGGUCAUCGUGGCAACAUCGUAAGCCACUUGGAUAUGUAUACAAAAAUUAUAAUUACCUACUUUAUAGAAAAAUUAAAUUCCAGAGAAUGAGGAAGAAAGAGCCUCUUUCUGCAAGCUUCUACCCUGAAAGUUAUAGUGCAACUUUACCAGUGGAAAGGCAGAAAAAUGAUGACCAGAGCAAACCCAUGGAAACAUCUUUUCAGUCAGAAGAGCCCUUUAAACCAGAGCAGCCGAUUUUCGGGGAGCAGAAGUCUGUGCUUGGGAAGGGCCCACUGCUUCCCUCCAGGUUUACACAUUCAUUUCAGCCAUAUUUCUCAUCCGAAGUCCCAAUGCCUGAUGCUUCUACAAUGCGGUGCUUUGCCAGCCAAGGUGCUCCACGCACCAGCAGUGUCUUCUCCUCUGCCCAAGCUUGCACAGCUGCAACUUCAGCAAUGAUGGUCCAAGGAGAACCCAGUUCAAGAAAUAACCCAGACCUGAUGGAUUAUGAUUUACCAGAAAAUAAGGACAUCAGCCAAAAUACUAACUCAUCAUCUAUCUGCGUCCCAUCCAGUUUUGUCACAAGUUCACCAAUUGGACUUGACUCCAGACUUUUGACACAAAGCUUCCUUAAGUAUCCUUCAAGCUGGUCAGUGGAUGAAGUGAUACAAUUUAUGAAACGAAUAGAUUCUCAGACAUUCACCCCCCUUGCUGACCUCUUCCGAUAUCACAACGUUGACGGGAAGGCUUUGCUACUACUCAAAAGUGACACGAUGAUGAAGUAUAUGGGGCUGAAGCUGGGGACAGCUGUAAAACUAUGCCACCACAUUAAAAGUCUUAAAAAAGAAAAAUACUUUAGCGGUUGA